UCCAGUUUUUGCAGAGUGGGGAGAGUGGCAAAGUUAAUCUAUGGGAUCGGCAGCCACCAACACUGGCAAUGCCUUCCAGAAAUGAGUCCGAUGGCUGCCACAUAUGAGGGUUUCUGUCGGAUAAUACCCAUUGACGUAGAAUUGAUUUUUUUUCUCUGAAAGCAUCUGUCGAUUACUGGAGUUAAAAUAUUUGUUUCAGACUGAGAGACGUAUUACUAAUCCUUCUGCAACACUGGGGUCUCUGUCGCCUAGUAAAACCUCAGGAUCCAUUACAAUUGAUGUUUUUCACAAGAAAAUCCAUGACUGGGGCGAUGUGCAAGGAGAAUUUGAGAGGCCAGGAGCAUUUUAACGACGGAUCUAGUUCCGAACGUUGCAACAAAAACUUCCCGCCAGAGUGAGAGUGGGACCCAGAGCAAAAUGCUUCCCGGCAGCAAGGGAAGGCGUAAUUUCAGGGGAGGUACUCCAGGCAAUUAAUGACGAGGGAAGCCCAAGGCAGAGGAAUCUCGGUGGAUCUCUGAAGAGCAAUUCUGCUCACCCUUGACAAGUCGUUUCAAAAAACUAAGUUGAGCUGCACACGUUUCUUGCCAUGACCCUGUCUGCUCCAGUAGGCAGUAAUGAACCGGGCAUCAUGCUGCAACCGGCAAUUAAAAAGCAUGUUGAGCUUUGAAUGAUGUCAUAAAGUGUUAACUUCCAGGUAUUUGUGAGGCUCCCGAGUACCAUGGGGAUGGGCUAUGCUGCCGAAAAACUAGCAAUUAAAAUGUCGGUCGAUGGAAACUCGGCCGGAAGAGCCUGACAGUCCUGCAGAACUCAUUGUACAGACAAGAUCAUGGAAAGUUGGGAUUAGCUAAUGAGAUACAGAGGUCGUCUUGUUCCAGGUGGCAGAAAAACACCGAAACAACAGAUAAGGAAACCACAGUACGGUUUUGUAGAGGAAAGAAUGGCUUUGGGUCGCAAUCAACCCCUGAAGAAAGAAAAGCCAAAAUGGAAAAGUGAUUAUCCAAUGACAGAUGGACAGUUACGCAGUAAGAGAGAUGAGUUCUGGGACACAGCACCUGCUUUUGAAGGCCGAAAGGAGAUUUGGGAUGCCCUCAAAGCUGCAGCACAUGCUUUUGAAAGUAAUGAUCAUGAACUCGCCCAGGCAAUCAUUGAUGGUGCAAAUAUAACAUUGCCACACGGAGUGCUUACAGAAUGUUAUGAUGAGCUGGGAAAUAGAUACCAACUUCCAGUGUACUGCCUUGCACCUCCAAUCAACAUGAUUGAAGAAAAAAGUGACUUGGAGACACUAGACAUCCCAGAACCACUACCUAAUUCUGGACAGGAAUGUCAGCUCCGGUUGCGUCUCUCCACAGGCAAAGACCUGAAGCUUCUUGUCCGUAGCACAGAUACAGUUUAUCACAUGAAACGGCGCUUGCACACAACAGAGGGGGUAGAGCCCUCCAGCCAGAGGUGGUUCUUUUCUGGCCGACCACUAACAGAUAAAAUGAAAUUGGAAGAACUGAAAAUCCCCAAAGACUAUGUGGUGCAGGUCAUCAUCAGCCAACCUCUGCAGACACCUACCCCUGUGGAAAAUUGACUGACCAUUUUUUGAAUCCCUUUAUUAGGCUAUUACUCCUUUCUACACAAGAACAUUUAUCCAAUGUCACCUGUGUGGUCCCAUCUGUGAUGAGGACUUCUAGAAUUUGUUCUUGUCGAUCACUUUAAGUGUAGAGCACUUGGUAGAAUUUCUACCAAGAAAGCAACUCAGGAGAGGAUCCAGUUCAAAUCAAUCCUUCAUGGAUUGGUACUUUUACUGGUAGAAUUAGUUUCAUGCAUAUCUGGCCUAAACAGAUUACUUUCAAUAAAGGGGCAGUGUUAUGUUAUGUUAUGUUCUACUAAAACGUUCAGUAGAAUAAGAGUGGCCAGCAUUUUAAGCAUUAUUUUGUUGCAGUGCUGCAAUUUUCUGUUUUAAAUCAUAUGUGGCUAUUUUUAAAUAGUAAGUACUUAUUGUCAAUAUCAUAAACUAUCAUGGCAAUUGAAGGUUUUCCUUCAGGGAUAAUUUCAGUGAGACUGAAUCGAUAGAAGUUGUUCAGGGUGUUCAAAUAGAGUUAGCAAGCUUUUUGUUUUUGUUACUACCAUGUGUAAAUUUGGGAAUCAUAUACCUGACCUAAUGGCAUAUUAAUUUAUUGAAAAGUUAGGAAUAUACAAUAAUGCAUAAGUUUCUGCUCUACAAAAAUAAUCUAGCUUCUGUUUGCGUUGAAUUACUUGAUCUUGGAUGGGGGUAUCAUUUUGGGCAAUUAAAAAUUUUCCAUAAUACCUCCAUCUAAAGAGUGAUUAAAACCAUGAUUUUCUUACUGUUCAUUGUGGUUGACCGACACCUGCUAGCAGCUGCAUGUGUGAAUGCUAUUGAGACAGGAUUGGAAAUGACCAUGGUAUCCCAUCAGGUCAAAUAGUUUGCUGACUAUCUUGUGGAAGAAUCAGGUAAGGCAUAAGAUAGUUUCCUAUGACUGUAAAACUACAUUCCAGUGUAAAUCAAUAUAUUCAGGAAAAUCAAGGAAGAAGAUUGUGUUUUUAAAUAAAAAUCACUGAGGUACAUUAAAGAAAAAAACUCAUUAGUUCUUUCCAUUUGAUCAGCUGAUCACAGCCAUGAAGCCAGUUAGCUGGUAUUUUGAUUUGAAAGCUAGUUAUUAUUUAGGAGCAUAACUCUUUAAACAUCGCAAUGACGUCUGUGUAUGAAAAGGCAAUGGCAGCUGCAGCAUUAACUAAUUUAUGCAAUAGUUUCAUUCUAUUUUACCAGGGCCACAAUCUGAAUGUUGCAAAUCUUUACAGUGACAACGGUGUAAGAAAGAAGAAUAAAUUGAAAACCACUUUUUACUUUUUUUGUAUUUGAUAGAAAACAAAACAAUUCUAUAACUUUCAACGUGUAAAGUCAAAUUAGAAAAUUCCUCAAACAUUAUUUGUCUACAAUUUAACUCUUUCCAUGCAGACUGAUUUUUAAGAGUAUUGGAUGACUAAUAUUUGAAAAUUUAAAAUUACAGGGCUAGCAUUCUAAGAUCUGUCUGCCUUUGUUGGGAUGAGUAUUCAUUUUUAAAUUAGUGUUUAGUAAUUGUGCAGUUAUCUAAUUUUAGGAAAAGAAAUCUUACUUUGAGCAGUCUAACAUUUGGAAAAGAGACUGACUGAGUGCAUAAGGCUUUUGGCUGCUCUUGCUUAUGGAAGUGAUCCAAUAGUUGGGAUAGAAAGUUAAAGUGAAGUAAACUAAGUUGCAAAGGGUGAUCUUUUCCAGAUAUGUGCUUCUGUUAUGGAGCAUCAUCCAUCUGGUACACAUAUCAGGAAAACAUCUGUUCAGUGAGCUCAUUCUGAAUUUGAAACCUCAAGUGAGAUAGUAAGGGACUGUCUAUCUGUUUGCAGCCCUUUUUAUUGACCCAUUUCAAACAAUUUGCUUGUGUAUAAGAGGACUUGGUGAAUAAAUGUUUAAUCCCUUUUGUGUCCAUUUAUCACUAGUCUUGAGCUCCAUACUUUCAAUCAUGAAUUUGGUGUCACAUAAAUUUUUUAAGGAAGUUUUAUGCAUUAUCAUAAAAAGUACUAACUGAAACGCAAAAAUGUAUUAAAAUGAUAUAAACUCCAUGUAUAACUGUAGAUUAAUUUUCUGUGCACCAACCUAAAUUAUAUUGGUGCAUAUUUUGCUGUACCCAUUUCCAAAGUUGCUGGCUCUCACCAUCAUUAAACUGGAUAGUGAUUUCUGGAUCUGUACAUAAAUCAUUUCAUGUUGGAAUCUGGAAGUUGCUGGUACUGAUACUGUGCUGUUCUACAAACUGCAGGUUGUUGAAAUAUUUUGCUGAUGGGAUUUGGAGAGAUCACUGUGAGCUAUGGCUAAUCACGUCUUCUCAUAGCAAUAACAGAUGAAAAGUUGGAAGUUGUGCAAUCGUGACUAACUCAGUUUUUUUAAAGUUUAAUAGGUGGUCAAUGUCACUGCACAAACUUAUUACAAAUGCGAAGGAGUCUUAUUUGUUCAGUAGAAAGUUAAUGUUGCAGAGUUUUUAACUUCGUAAAAAGUGUUUAGUUAUUCUGUUUUAUUCUUUAUUACCUCUCCCAUAAUCACCAAAUGUAUUCUGAAUCUUUAUUUUGCUUCUCAUAUUUACUACUUGACUGUAGUUUGUAUAUUUCUGAGGUUUCUUUGAUCUUAUUGGUUGAAGAAUCUUUAUAUUGCUAGGCCACCUUACAGAUGGCAUUAGAUCCCUUAUACAGACUCGUUUUGUUUCAUGAGCACAAAAAUUACAAAUCUCCACUGACAAGUCAAUAAAUCUCUACACAAACAUACAAAAGAAAUAUCAUAGAAAACCUACAGUGUGAAGCAGGCUAUUUGGCCCUUUGAGUCCACACUUACCCUCCAAAGAGCACCCCACCUAGGCACACCCCCUUAUCCCUGUGGCUUUGCACUUCCCAUAGCUAACUCGCCUAACCUGCACAUCCCUGGACACAAAAGGCAAUGUAGCCGGGCCAGUCCAGAUAAUCUGCAUAUCUUUGGGCUGCAGAAGGAACUGGAGCGUCUGGAGGAAACACAUACAGACACGGACAGAAUGUGUGAACUUCACACAGACAGUCACCUGGAAUCAAACCUGGAUCCCUGGCGCUGUGAAGCAACAGUGCUAACCACUGAACCACCAUGCACCUUAGUAUUAGUUAAGCCAUUCCAUCACGGUCACAGUAAAUUCUGGGCUCUUAACUGUUUUCUGUCUCCUUUCAGCAGUAAGCUCGGUUGAUUGCUUGACAUAAUUAUUUGGAUCUCCAGGUGUUAGUUUGAGACAUUUUGAUCAGAUUACUUUGUAGUGGUCUUCACAUGCAGUCUGGCUAACAUGAAGUUGUCUAUUUGGAGAAAUCAUUUUUCUGCUUCAGUUAUUAAUUUUAUGAAAAUCUGAAUGUAAAUGCAAUUGUAUUGAAAACCAUAAGCAAAAUAGAGUUAAUUGUAUUUUUGAGUUCCAAGUGCAUUUCUUCAUUUCCACAAUGAAUGUAGUUGAAUUGAAAACUAAUCUAUUCACACAAUCUUUCAGAUUUGUGUCUACACACUGAAAACAGAAAUGUGGAAAGCUUGUUUUUUUUUUACUAAGUGAUUAUCUGAAAUGGUCUAUGACAGACCAUUUCAGAACUGUUUAAUCUUUAAGAACUGUUCAAUCAUGGCAUCAGGAAAAAGCAAAGCUUUCCUUCUGUUACAAUGUAAAUUUCAGGUUCAUUUUAUAACUUGUUACAUUUCAUGUCUGUUUCCUCAGUCUAAAAACUAAACAACCACUGAAUUGCUUACAUGGGAGCCUUAAGUACGGUAUUAUCAGUAAGUGAAUUACGUAACUCCUGUGCAACAUAAAAAGAAUAAUCACUUGGGAUCGCAUUCAACUUGCAUAUGUGAAUAUGGGUCUGUAUUGUGCCUGAAGCAUGGAAUACUGUUUUAAUAUCGAAAGCUUUAUAUUUAUUAUGAUUUUUUAUAAGAAAGCUAAGGACAUAAUUCUUUAUGCAUUACUGUCCAGCGAAAAUUGACUUUUGUUUGUUAUUCAUCAUUAGUCCUCAUGUUAAACCUGACGUUCUUUUUUAAAAUUACUUGGUGAUGAUCUAUAAUUUAUGUCACUCAAUAGGAAUGGUGUCCUACAAAAGGUUGAUGAAUGUGGAAUUGGACGUCAUUCACCUUUUAGCCAUUAGAAGCAUUGAUCAUUGUGGAUGAACUGUAUUCUGUGCUAGAGAGUGCACUGAACAAAAGUAAUCUCCAGUAUUGUAGUAUGGAGGCUUGAUUGACACGCUAUUAGUGGCAGGUCAGAUAUUGGUUUUAUCAGGUCAAUUAACUAAAAGAUUCAGUCUCCCAAAAACUAUUCCUAGGACUAUUUAUGACAUCAUCUAAAAUUUUCUCUGCAGUAUUUAUUCCAUUAAUGUUACUACUAUUUAGGGUUGUAUAUUUGUUGGAAGAACACAGCAAUUACCCCUUAAUAUUAAAGCACAAUAUUUUACCAUUGUAUGUCAAAAGGCCAUGAUGUUUAAAAUAUGUCAGAGGGUCUUUUGAAUUGAUUUUUACUGUACUUUGCAGAUUUGCAAACAAAAAAGUCUUAAUAAACUGACUUUUCAAUCAGCCAUACUGCAGGCUAGUAUUGUUCCUCUUUAAGGAACAACAGUUUGACUGUUGUACUAUACAUUUGACUUUUCACAGAUGAAGUUGGGACAGUGUCCACUGAUACUUUAUACACUUUCCAAUACAGUUUGUGCUCUUAAUGUGCAUUGCACUGUUGUAAAAUCUAUACAUUGUAAUAAAUGAUUAUUUGUCAUAAAAGACCAAUGAAUGUUUGGUAAAUAAUGCUUUAUAAUAGAUGAAUAAAUAAACCAAAUUGUUGUAAUUACACCCCAUCAAACAUUUUCUGAGUUGCAGUUAAACUCCAGUCCCAUUUAAUUGUUUGAUUAUGCUAUGGAAUGCUCUUACAAUUUAAAAAAGAAUUUCCUUCGGGGAAGGUCGAAAAAGAGGAAUCCAUGAUAAUAAACAGUAACUUAUCUUUCCA